AUGAUAGCUCUCACCAGCGCAACCGGCAAGCUUGGCUCCGCCGUACUCAACGCCAUACUCGACAACAAGUUCGUCGAACCCAAGGAACUGGUUGUUUGUACCUCAUCGAAUCCAAAUGACGCACGUUUCGAUGCUCUGCGCGCCAAAGAGGUCACCAUCCGCUACAACAAUUUCGAUGAGCCGGAAUCACUCGAGAAGGCUUUCGCAGGAUGCGACAAACUCUUUCUCGUCUCCACUCCUCGCAUCGCGAUGGACUACAACGAUGCGCCGCUGUGGAAAGGAAGAGAGGCGCACCAUCGAGCCGCAAUCGAUGCAGCAGUGAAAGUGGGUGUCAAACACAUUUACUACACCUCUCUAGCGUUUGGAAAUCCAUCUAAAGCAGGUGUGAUGCGAGCGCAUAUUCGCACCGAGCAAUACUUGGACGAAUUAGCGAAAUCCAAAGGUGCUCAGUUUACCGUUCUACGCGAGGGACUGUACAACGAAAGCUGGCCGCUGUACUUUGGGUAUUUCUUCGGUCUUCGAGAAGACGGGCGAAACGAAGUCGUUGUAGCAGGCGACGGACCGAUUUCUUGGACCGCCAUCUCUGACAUGGCAUUUGCAACGGCGAAAAUCGUCAGUGCGCCAAGUGAAGAAUGGGCAGGGAAAAUGGUCUACCUCUCUCAGAACAGAACGUGGACGUUGGAGGAUAUCGCGCGCAUGGUUAGCAGAAUGCUCAGCAGAGAUGUGGGCCUGAAGGUCUUGUCGAGGAAAGAGCAUGAGGAUUUCUACGUGAACGAGAAGCAGAUGGAGCGGCCGGCAGUUGAGUGGUGGAGCACCACUUACGAUGCUGUCAAGGAAGGCGAAUGCGCAAUCAAAGACGAUACCCUAGAAAACAUCUUGAAAGCGUCAGGGAAGACACCGAAAUCUCUUGAUGCUACCAUCAAAGAGAUGCUUGCGGCGUAA